GCGUGGGUCAGGGUCAGGGUACGGUUGGUAAAGGUAUUUUGCCACACCCCACGUGGUACAAAGAAAUCCACAUGGCUGAUCAAAGUAGUGAAGAAGCAGCAAGACUGCACAAAUUUGUUGAUCCAGUGAGCUACCUGUCUGCAUUUGUCUCUAACGGAGUUCGGCCUGACGGAAGGUCAUGCUCCACUGCUAGGAAUGUCACACUGAACAUUGGAUCAAUCUCUACUGCUAAUGGAUCUGCAAUGGUGAAACUGGGGCAAACUUGUGUUUUGGCAGCCGUGAAAAUGGAACUUUCGAAUCCACCUCUGGAGUGCCCGUCACGAGGUUACUUAGUGUGUAACAUAGACCAGUCUUCUAGUUCUCUUUCUGAAGCUCUAUCUGGUCCCCCUACAUCCGAAGCUCAAUCGCUGUCACAGACAUUACAGGAUCUCCUGUCCAGAUUUGUGGAUUGCGAUGAUCUCAUUCUUGUGGAGUCAAAGCUCUGCUGGACAGUAUACGUCGAUGUUGUGUGCUUGUGCAAUAGUGGAAAUGUAUGGGAUGCUUGUGUGCUCGCCUCGACAGUUGCCCUAAUUAACACUCAAGUUCCUGCAGUUAACACUGAUGUUGAAUUACCGUUGGUCAGCAUAUCUUCUCGCAGGUCUCUCAAGCUUGGAACUGUUCCCCUAGCUGCUACAUUCACCAUUUUCAAAGACAAAUACUGCUUACUGGACCCUUCUCGAGAAGAAGAGUUGAUUUGUGAUGGGACUGUGUCUGUUAUUUAUUUCGAAGACGGAGGAAUUGCCCAGAUCACCCAUGCAGGAAAACCAUUAUCAAGUGAACGACUUAUAUCAAUGUGCAAGGAUGGACAGACGCACACACAAACAUUGUACAAACUUUUGAACACAGUGUGUACGUGAACAUGUUAUAAUUCUUGUGCACUACUUCACAAUUACUGUACAUUGUUUUUCUCUGAAACA